AUGGGACAACAAGUGCCGAAAAGAAAGCUUGGAAACACAGGAUUGUCAGUUCCCAUCAUCGGUUUCGGUGCAUCGCCCCUCGGUGGCAUCUAUCAGCCUCUGGACGAGUCUCUCGCAGUACAGGCGGUGCAUGAGGCUUUCAAGUUCGGCAUCAACUUUUUUGAUACUUCACCGUACUAUGGCCUGACACGUUCUGAGAAGGUGCUGGGGCGAGCUCUGAAAGACCUGCCUCGUGAUCAAAUCAUUAUUGCGACCAAGGUGGGUCGGUACGGUGCAGAUACCUUUGACUUCUCAGCCGAGAGAGUGACGCGCAGUGUGCACGAGAGCCUAGAGCGGCUGCAGGUGCAAUAUAUAGACAUCAUCCAAACUCAUGACAUAGAAUUUGGAGACAUAGAGCAGGUGAUUACAGAAACUCUCCCGGCUCUGCAAAGGUUGAAGGAGCAAGGAGUGGUGCGCUUCAUUGGUAUAACUGGACUGCCGCUGAAGAUCUUCCGGACUGUGUUGGACAGGUGCGCUCCUGGGACAGUUGAUGUGAUUCUGUCCUACUGCCACUACUGCUUGAACGAUACAUCCUUGGAGUCAAUUCUGCCGUACCUUGAGCAGAAGGGUGUUGGUGUCAUCAAUGCCAGCAUUCUGAGCAUGGGCUUGCUGACACAGCAGGGGCCCCCAUCAUGGCACCCUGCUCCAGAAGAGGUGAAGACAGCUUGCAAGGCAGCGGCUGAUCAGGCAAAGGAACUUGGCAGCGAUAUCUCACUGCUGGCAAUUAAAGCAGCUCUCAGGAACCCAUCCAUUCAAACACAUCUCAUAGGCUUCACAAAGCCAGAGCAGGUACGAGACAAUGUGGCGACAGCUCUGUCCCAGUUGACGGCAGCAGAAGAGGGCACCCUCAGCAACAUCAAACAAAUUCUAGCACCCAUCCAAAAUGUAUCGUGGCCUUCGGGCCGACCAGAGAACAAUCAAUAA